AUGCCUCUCGAGUCACUGCUCACGAAUCCAAACCCGCCAGUGCCUCGGCCCCGGUCCAUACUAUCCUUCUUGUCCAAUCCUCUGGGGAAACAUGCUCGAAAUAUGUUUGAUAUGACCAUUGAGCCCGAUGAUCCCUUCCGAGUCUAUUUUCCGGGUCAAAUUGUCAAGGGCAACGUGGUCCUCACGGUCUUUAAGGGAUUCGAUAUUACACAUCUGGUUGUGGCUCUGCAUGGAUAUGCAAAAGUUUAUAAACACCAAAUACCCCCUGGCGAAGGUCUUCCAGCCCCCGAAGGUUUGAUAAACGGCCAGGGUUCAAGAGGAGUGCAAUAUCAAGGCAAUGGUCUGGUGUCGUUAUUCCAGCAUGAGCAGGUCCUGUGUGGCAGUGGCUUUCUCAAGAAACAGGUUUACAAGUUUGCAUUCGAGGUUCCCUUCCCUUCAAAAGGCCUCCCCAGCACAAUUGAUUUUGAACGUGGAUCAGUAUCCUAUUUGGUGACUGCCACUCUUACACGUCCAACAACGAUAAGUCCCUUGACCAGUCGAAGCACUAAAAUCAAGUUCCAAGACCUGGUUGAUAUCGAGCACAUGUAUACACCAAAAUCACGGGUAAUCACGUUAGAGCCUGUCUCCAAGCGCGGCAAAGUCAAAGUUGUCAAACCGGCGUCGUCUGUGACGACACACACGACAUCCAGCCCUGGGGCUGGUCGCUUGAGCCGGAAUAACACGCAGAACAGCACGACCAGCCGAAGUACUCAUUCCAUCAGCAACCCUCCGCUAAGCCCCGCGCCAAGCGAAGAAACGAUGCAGACAAAUGCUACACCCGCAAGUAGCCCAAGUUUUCACAUUGCAGACGAUGUAUCGCCUCCGCAAAAUCCAAGCCCGCAGAACAGCGAUGCGCGAAGUAACACAACUUCAUCUUCCACUAAUACUAUUACCGCCACCGCCGAGUUACCCCGGCAUGGAGCAUUACCAGGCGACACAAUCCCGAUCCGAAUAUCUAUAACACACACCAAGGCAGAUGUGCGGGGGAUGGUGAUUGCGACGUUAUACCGCCAGUGCAGAAUCGACAUGCAUCCUCCGCUUCCACUUCCGAACAGGCCUGGCAAAGACAAGAAGAUGGAAUAUGAGGACGUAUAUCCGAAGUCCCGGACGGGUCUAGGAGGAUUGUACUUUUCAGCUGCCUCGCCCAACAGUGUUUUCCGAAAGGAUCUUGCUCAAACGUCCACCAUGAUGAUAGUCAACCCGACAACGAUGACAGCGGACAUUACGACAUCUAUCAAAGUUCCCGACAAUUCAUUCCCAACCAUCGCAAAUGUUCCAGGCGACAUGAUAUCCUUUACAUACCAUGUCGAAGUGGUGGUUGAUCUAUUUGGCAAGCUCGGCGAGACUCGCUUGUGGCCGAGACUCACAUCUAGCGAACCGACAUUUUCUCAGAGUUCUGGUACCAACAACCAAAUCACGUCAGAGUGGUCUCUCCAUAUCCUAGACACAGCUCCGCUGCGCCGAACCAAGAGUGUUGUCGCAUUUGAGAUGUCGCUUGUCGUUGGAACCCACGACAGCAGUAGGAUGAGAAGACAAACCAAAGCAGCAGAGCAGCAGUAUACGGAAGAUACGCCGCAAGAGCCAGACCAGGGCUGGCAGGACUGGCAAUACUACCACGAGGCUUACGACGGACAGUAUUAUGAUGAAGCGGGAUAUCCUUAUUACGAUGGAAACGGAUACGACUAUGGCUAUGAGCAGAACUAUCAGCCAGUAUACCCUACCUCGGCACCCGAGACUAUACCGCCUCCUGCGCCUGCGGUGGAAGAAACGGUCGACGAGAAGACACGGCUACGCAGGCAAGAAGAGCUCUUGCUUCCAAGUGAACCUCCGCAGGAAGGAGAAAGCUCCAAUCAUCCUAUGCCGUAUACACCAACCGCCCCGAAUUUAUCGUCUGAACCUCUCCCACAGGCGCUCGAGAAUCAGACUGACGGGAGUAUGACACCCUCGACACUGCAUGCCGCUAGUUCAGUCGCUUCGGCAAGAUCUAAAGAUACCAUCCGACCGUACUCAACAUCUCCACCUCCGCGUCCCCCUUCUACUGGCAGUGGGGGCCACACCGAUGACAAGCAGGAGCUGGAACGACGCCGACUUCUAGCACAAACAAGUGGGCCACCGUUAGCGCAUGAGGCCCAGCUGCCAGGUGACGCCCACGUCACUUCACUGGCACCGACGGCACCCUUGAUGGACGACGAAUACAGUGUACAAAUACUGCAUCAUGACCAUGGAGGCCCCGAUCUACCGCAGUACGAGCGUUGA